AUUUCAGCACUGAUAGCUGUCUGUUCUCUCUCUCUCUCUCAAAAGAGGACUGUAGCACCUUUACUGAGAAGAUCGGCGGAGCUUGUUAUUCUCCGGCAAUGUACGGCACACGCGCUCUCAGUGUUGUGGUACUUUCUGCUGUUUUGGUUGUAAUUCAGUGUGCUCAUGAUGUCUCAGCUCAGGGAUCUAACACGCCAAGUCCAUGGCAGACACUAAACGGAAACCCACCGUUGGUGGUGGCACGUGGUGGGUUUUCAGGGCUGUUUCCGGAUUCUAGUAACUAUGCUUACAGUUUUGCAUUGAUAACGAGUGUACAAGAUGUAAUCUUAUGGUGUGAUGUGCAAUUGACAAAAGAUGCUACUGGGAUUUGCUUUCCUGAUAUUAAUUUAAACAAUAAUUCCAACAUUAAAGAUAUUUAUAAAGAUCGGCAAAAGACUUACCUUGUUAAUGGUGUCUCAGUCAGUGGAUGGUUUCCCUUAGACUUCACCCUGGAUGCCCUAUCAAGUGUAAGCUUAACUCAAGGAAUCUAUAGUCGAACUAAUAGGUUUGAUGGCAAUCUUCUCCCAAUUCUCACUGUUGAAAAUGUGUCCACACAAGUGAAACCACCAGGCCUAUGGUUGAAUAUUCAACAUGAUACAUUCUACACCCAACACAGCUUGAGUAUGAGAAGCUAUGUGCUUUCUGUGUCUAGAAGGGUAGUUGUCAAUUAUAUCUCAUCGCCGGAGGUGAAUUUCUUGAGAAGUAUUGUAUCACGGUUCAACCAAAACAUCACAAAACUGGUCUUCAGGUUUCUUGGACAAUCUGAAACUGAGCCUACAACCAACCAAACUUAUGGUUCUCUCUUAAAGAAUCUUACAUUUAUCAAGACUUUUGCCUCUGGGAUUCUUGUUCCUAAGGAUUACAUAUGGCCAGUGGACAAGAGUCUUUACUUAAAAGCUCACACCUCCCUUGUUGUGGAUGCUCAUAAAGAAGGGCUGCAAGUUUUUGCAUCCGAAUUUGCAAAUGAUAAUAUAUUUAGCUACAACUAUAGUUAUGAUCCAGUAGCAGAGUAUCUUUCGUUCUUUGACAAUGGCGAUUUCUCUGUUGAUGGUGUACUGUCUGACUUCCCAAUAACUCCGUCAGCAGCAGCAGAUUGCUUUUCUCACCUAGGGAAUAAUGCUACAAAAACAGUGAAAGAUCUUUUAAUCAUCUCAAGGAAUGGAGCAAGUGGAGACUUCCCUGGUUGUACUGAUUUAGCAUAUAAGCAAGCUAUUUUAGAUGGUGUAGAUGUUAUUGACUGUUCUGUGCAAAUGUCAAAGGACGGAAUACCAUUUUGCUUGAGUGAUAUAAAUCUUAUUGCUAGUACAAAUGCUGCUCAAUCAAUCUUUAAUAGCCUUUCAAAGAACAUUCCAGAGAUAGGCAGUGGUAUAUUUACCUUUAGCUUGAAUUGGGAUGAGAUUCAAAGCUUGACCUUGGAAAUAUCAACCCCGUACAAUAAGUACGGAUUGGUCCGGAAUCCAAUGUUCAAAACUGCUGGAAAGUUUCAGAAGUUGUCUGAUUUUUUGGCUUUGGCAAAAAAUGCAAGCACUCUUUCUGGUGUCUUGCUCGGCAUAGAGCAUGCAGCUUACCUUGCGGAGAACGGGAUGGGUGUAACUGAUGCAGUAAUUGCAGCCUUGAAAGAUGCUGGUUAUGAUAAUCAGACGACUUUAAAGGUUAUGAUUCAGUCCACCGAUAGCUCUGUUCUAACAAAAUUCAAGGACAAUAAAAGCUAUGAGCUUGUCUACAAGAUUGAUGAACCUAUUGGAGAUGUUCUUAACUCCACUGUGGAGGACAUUAAGUCGUUUGCUCAUGCUGUGGUCAUAACUAAGGAUUCUGUGUUCACUGAAAAUGCGGAAUUCCUUCGUGGUUCUACUAAAGUUGUACAAAAGUUUCAAGCAUUUAACCUCUCGGUAUAUGUAGAAAUUUUCCAAAAUGAAUUUGUUUCUCAAGCAUGGGACUUCUUCUCAGACGCAACUGUGGAGAUCAACUCGUACUACCAGGGUGCUGGCAUUAAUGGUGUCGUUACGGAGUUCCCUAAGACUGCUGAUAGAUAUCGAAAAAAUGCAUGUUUAAAUUUGGGCACGAAUACUCCGACAUACAUGAGCCCGGUUCAGCCUGGUAGUCUCUUGCAACUCGUCGGGAAUUCUCAAUACAUACCACCAGCUGAGGCACCGAAUCCUCUCCUGGUAGAUUCAGAUGUUAUGGAGCCUCCACUACCCCCGGUCGCAGACAAAGAAUCUCCCAGCCCUGGGAACGGUACAACAGCUGCGCCACCUCAACCAAAUGGACAGCCUAAAAUCACUGCAGGCAUCUUCUUCUCGUCUCUGGUCACACUCGUUUCCACUCUUCUCCUUUGACACUAUAAAUGAUCCUUGUGAUUAUUUUAUGCACAUGUAUUUGCCAUCUCAUUGCAUGAAUAUCUAGUAGUAGUGGCUUGGAGUUUUUGCUGCUUCCCCGUCUCACGGCUAAUCCAAUUUUUUUCACCAAACAGUAGCGGAUUCUUUUCCGGUUAUUGUCAUCCUGUUGUAGGUGUGUUCAUUCUAUCCCAUGUAUUUUGCAGAUCACCAAUUUCUUGAGAGGUCUCUUGACGUAUUCAUUUCUCAUUUCAUUUCUGUAAGAUAAAAUAUCUAUUUGCUAUUGUCCUUUUGUGUGCAAUUUAUGCAAUGAAUUAUGUACUUCAUCA